UAGGAGCAUCCUGAUUCAUGUCGGGUGGAUACAGGCAAAGAUUAUACUCCUCUAGUAACUUUGGGUACAGGCGGGUCCACAGUGACGCCACGUCCCAGCGCUGAUUACGCAAGGCAGACCGAGCCCGGAAGAAACACUGAGCGGACAUUGAGGCCGAAGAAGGUCUGUGGGAGGAGGGUGAUCCGACAGAGGGGAGACGGCGUGGGUCCGGGCCGAGUCGAGUCGCGUCGAUGGAGGCGAGCGGGGAGCAGGUCCGGAGCGUGUGGAGCCCGGCUGGGCGCACGCUGAGCACUGAAGAGUUAUUUUUAGCACGAUCCCGGGAUCACAAGAUUCCCCAGCGGACCCAUGGUCAGAAGGACUUCAUCCCAGAUAACUCUGAAGAGCAAGCAGAAAGGUUGCGGUUGUGUCGAGAGGAACAGUGGCUGCUACUGUCUGAAGAGCGAGUGGAGCGACUAGGGAGCCUGGUAAAAGCACAAUGGAAACCACAGGAAGGCAUCGUAGAGCUGAAGUCCAACGCAGGGAAAUUCUGGCACACCAUGGGACAUGUGGAACAAGGCAAACAACUGCUAUAUCCAGAGGAAGCACUGUAUCUUCUUGAGUGUGGGUCCAUACUGCUAUAUUACAGAGAUCAGCCACUGUCCAUUCAAGAAUCGUAUGAAGUUUUACUGACUUCGAGAACUAUUCCAUUGCAUCAUUAUCAGGUUUACAGCCAUCUGAAAAGAUUGGGUUAUAUUGUCAUACGGUUUGAUCCCAGUACGAUUUGUAAUCCUUAUGAGCGUAAACUACACAUGGAUCCUUAUUGCAGUACCAGGGAAAAACGUAAUCGCAAGAGGAAGCGAAGCAACAUACACGAAGAUUCAAGAUCGAAGAAAAGCCAACCUGACCAAACUGAAGAGCCAGAGCCAGAGCCAGGACAAAGUAGUAAGGAGGCACAGGAGCAGUGUGAACCUGAGCAGCAGGAUACCACUUGCAAAGACCCAGAAAUGGAUAUCAGUAAUCCAGCUCCUGCAUCCCCAGAAAGUAAAAUGGAGGAAUUACAAGACAUCAAUGUUAAAUCUUUCGAUGUGAGUGGGCAACAGGCUGAGCUGAAUCAAGCAGGUUUGCCUCGGAAAGCAUCCUUCAAACCUAUUGCACCUUCCUCGUGGGGUCCAUGCAAGAGUGUUACAUCUGCUGGGAAGCCCAGGUGGGACUUUGGGAAGAUAAUAUUCCCCAAUGUCGCGCAUGACUGUCCACAGACCAUUAUGACGGAACCCGACCAAUCCCUAUUACCACCGAACGUCGUUGGCCGAGCUUCUGAUGAAACAAUUUGGCAGCAGAAAAUAAACCUGAAGUGUGAAAAGUUAUCGCAGAGAGAGAAAGAGAGAAUGAUGAGAGAAAGCAGGCACAAAACUGACAUUAAUAAGGACAAGCGGGUCAGACAGUGUGCCAACUGGAAGGAAUAUAAGGAUCUGCUCAGGUGGAAAAGUGCCCGAAAGAAAAUGUUGCCUGCCCACCUGUGGAAAGAUAAAGUGGAACCACUUGUAAAACCAGGCCAAGUCAGUUCACCAGGGGAAAUUCAGCAACGCAUUUGCACCAUGGAAUCUGCACACAUCCUAGAUAAGACACCCUGGUUGCAGGAAGCCUCUCAAAGCUUUAGGAUUUCAUUUGACCUGUACCAAGCUGAUGCUGUGGCAAAAUUCCGAAAAACGCAUCCCGGGAAACCCUUUUCAAGAAUGUGUAUCUGCAGCUUUGAUGGGCCAGUGCCAGACUUGCGCACGAUGAAGAAGCUAGCUUUUCAAAGCGGUGAAGUUCCUGUCGUGUUUGCCGUGGUGGAUAAUGGAGAUAUCUCUUUCUAUACCUUCAAGCAAUUCAAAUUACCCGUCGAUCCUUAUCAUUGAUUUUGUUGGAUUGUUUUAUAACGAUACUCGUGGAAUUUUUUUGUGACUUUGGAGUUGAGAGGCAUUGGUUAUAACCAAUUGUCACAAGCGUCUGUUAAUCGACUGCCAAUGUACAGUAUAUGAUGGGCUGGGCUAAUUGCAUAACAUGAUAGGUUGCUGAAGUUGUGAGCAUAUUUAAAGGUGGUUUCAAACAACAUUUGAAUACUCAUUCAGGCAUACAACCUGGUUUGAACAAAGAAAACUAGCUUUAAAAAAAACCCUCAAGUUCUCUACAUUUUUUUCUGCUGGAAAACGUGUAGAAUUAUCCUGAUCAAAGUUCUGAUUUGUACUAACAAAAAGCCAAUUGAGUUAUGGAGUUGGUUGCCUUGCGAGAAAACAAAAAAAAUCUCAAAAUAAAAUGGUUUGUUUUAAAUGAAA